AUGCCGUCUCGUCGACUACAGGUGUGGAAACCAUGUGUUAUCUGCAAAGAUAUGACAACUGAAUUCAAUUAUCAGGUUGACAGUUGCAACAAAUGUAAAAUGGUUUUCCGAAGAGUUUUUCGUCUGUCAGUUCCAUUGGAACCAUGUAAUUGUAGUACGAGAAGAAUUCAAGAAUGCAGAAAUUGUCGAUUUUAUUCAUGUAUAAACGGAGGGAUGCAGAUAAAUUCAAUAAAGAAAUAUAGGGAAAAACUCUCAUUGAUCGACAGUCUUAUUGCACUGGAUAAUAAACGAAACUCGACAUUUUUCAAGUAUCAAAUGACGGAAGAUUUGAAUUUGGAUCAAAUAAUGAGUCCUGGAGCUAUAAAAGAGAAGGAUGAACAUGUGAUAUUCACUUCGCAUGAUUGGGUAUUAAUGGAAAUUUAUACAACAAUUGAAUUUAUGAAAGGAUUCGAUUUGGUCAAUUUGUUGACUUCGAGAGAUUUGAAGAUUUUCAUAAAGAAUGCAUAUUUCAAGUGUGCUAUCUACUUCAUUGCAGUUCGUUCCUAUUCAAAUAAUCUCAGUUUUAUGACAUUUCCUGAGAAAGUAGAUGUAUUCCCUGAAGAAAUCUUGAAUGUUCCUCAAUAUUCCCAACUCCUUCUCAAUAAAAUUCGAUGUCGUCUCAUUUCAAAAUUCAUCGAAUAUCGUGUGACUAAAGAAGAACUUCUCCUUCUUGUUUCUAUUAUUUUCUGUGAUCAGACUGAUCCUGACUACUCAAUGCCUGCAAAAAAUAUAAUAUCUCAAUACCAGAAAAUUUAUGCUUCUGCUCUUUUCCAAUAUUGUGAAUUGAAAUAUCAGCAGUCUGUGCCAGCUCGUUUCGCAGAACUUAUAUCUAUCAGCGCAGUUUUGGUAGAUACAAUCACUGAUCUUGAUACAGUUGUCUCUCUAUUUAAUUUAUAUCAACCAACCCUUAAAUUGAGACAACUCGUCAAAGAUUCAUUCCCACAAUCCUAA